AUGCUAUUGGAUGAUCAUGUCGUGGAAGAGCGUCUUAGUGUGUGGCAAAAGAAGAAGGUGCGCACGUAUGUGGUGAACGGGCGCUCCAAGGUAUCCUCCCGGCGCUCUAUAGCAGGUGCCCUUGCCAUUGCGAGACCGUAUGAACGCAUUGAACUGGUGGGCGGGGAGUACUUUGAAACCAUCUCCAUCAACAUACCUCUGGAGAUUGUUGCUGCAGAGGGUGAGGACCCACGCAUUUUUUCACGUGGCCCAUGUUUGACAAUUACGCAGGACGUGGAGGUGUACUUUGAGCAUGUGGAGUUUGUCUCAAAGGGCAAAAGCAAAUUGGACUCGGCGGUUGCCCUUAUGAAUGGCAAAUCCGUUUUUUUUCGGUGCAAGAUGAAUUCCAUUCUCAUUGGCGGUGUUGCCAGGCCUGUUUUGGACCAGUGUACCAUCACGGAAAGCUACAAUGGCUAUGGGAUCCAAAUAGGAGGCGCAGGUGGGGCAGAAAUACACCACUGCACCAUCCACACGCAUAGUGCAGCCUGCGUGGAAAUAGAUACAAAAGGCGUGGUUCUUCUGAAGAGCUGCACCAUCCGUCAGCCCUCCAAUGGAGGUCACGCAGUAAAGGUGCAUGCGACGCAAAGUGGUUUUGAUGAUAACAUCCCAGUGGAAAACCUUGCCUGCAAGAAAGUCUCCAUCAGCAAAUGUCGUAUCUAUGUCACGUCGGAAAUUUUUAGACCGAAGGAGCGCGAGUGGACGGUAACUGAAAAACUUUUUGGGCUACCGAGCUGUGUAUUUGUCUCGCGAGGCGCGUGCCCGGUAUUUACUUACAAUGAAAUUCUUGAGGGAUUUAUUGGAGUAACGUUUGAGUCUGCAGGCGCCACGGUACUAGAAGGAAAUUCUAUAUACAAUCAAAAGAGUUGUGGCAUCCUUGUUCUCGUGGACGAAAAAAGUCCUUACCCGGAUGCAAAACAAAAUCUUCGUAUAUCAGGUGGCAAUGUGAUCGAUCGGUGCCUAAUAGGGAUAGACGUACAUUGUCUGAGUAAGGUGAAGGCGUUUUCUGGUCCCGCUCAGGAAAUACUUCUUUCACAAGAACUUCCAUCUUCAGGAAAAGCAUUUGAUUGGAUUGAAAAGGUGCAUCAUUUGGAAAAAUCGAACUCUUUUUCACAGAGUGAGAAGAAAAUGGAUUGUACCCUUUAUUUCAAUGGGCGCAAGAUGAAGUUAUCCGAGUUGAAAGAUGAUCUGCGUACACUUGCCAAAUUGGUAUGUGCGGGACAUCCUUCCCAUUUUGGCAGUGGUGAUGCCUCAGAUGAGCGUCAUGGGAAUAAUGGAGGCAAUCCAUUGAAGGGCAUCCUGCAAGAAGCAUUCAAAAUAUCACUUCCUUUGCCAAACGCCGCGGGUUGUGCGGCACAGUUGUUGAAGCUUCGUGGAACCAGAGGUGUGGAUAUAGUGGAUACUCGAUUUUCUGGAUGUGAGCUGUGUGCCAUUCGUUUUGGACCGGAUGGAUAUGGACUUGUUGAAGACUGCGAUUUUAUCAAUUCUGGAGCAACUGCCAUUGUGGUGAGCGGUGGGGCCCAUCCAUUGAUUGUGGGGUGUAAAUUUGAAAGUUCCAAGGGGGCAAGCAUAUUUGUGGAUAACUUUUCUAAUCCUCUCAUUAUGGGCAACGAAAUCUCGCAUAAUGCAGAAAACGGAAUUGAAUUUUGUAACUUGUCUCGUGGAAUUGUGAUGGGAAAUAUUAUAUUUGGGAACACCUUGAGUGGGAUCCUUGUGACAGGCGGAAGUACCACGACGAUCGUCGGCAAUUUUAUUCAACACGGUCAAGGGGAUGGUGCGACGGUAACUGGUGGAAGCAAACCGGUACUCAUGAUGAAUAAUUUUCUAUCAAACUCGAAGUCUCAGUUGAUGGUGUCGGAGUACUCGACGCCUUUUAUUACACAAAACACGUUUACAUACGGAGCCGGUUGUGGUAUUCGCUUUGAAUCCUGUUGUGGAGGAACCGUGCUGGACAACACCAUCUCAUAUAACGACCGGGGGAUUGUGGUGGAGCUGGACGGGGAUCCUUAUGUAGAGUCGAACAAAAUCUCAAACAGUAAACGCCAUGGUGUAAUGGUGGGAAACAAUGGUCUUGGCACAUUUGUGUCAAACGAGAUUACACAGAGUGGAAGUUGUAAUUUUGUUGUGCAAGAAGGUGGUUCACCGGUUGUUCGAAAGAAUGUAAUCACCGGGGGGCAUACGGGCGGUAUUGCCAUCAUCGCUGAGGGAAAGGGCGUCAUCGAACACAAUGUUAUCAGUGACAAUGCGAUGGGGAAUGUCAUCCUCUUGGACCGCUUUACUGAGCCAGUGAUUGCACACAACACCAUCUCAAAUUCCUCCACUGGCUGUGGAAUUAUUUGUGGUCGAGAGGCCGGUGGAGAGUUUUUCCACAACAAUAUUUUCAAGAACAAACAAUGUGGCGCGUACGUUAUUGGAAAGGCCAAUCCACUGUUUUCGAGCAAUGCCAUCACAUAUGAAUCGACUGGAGUUAUUAUAUCAGAUAGUGGACGAGGGAUAUUUAAACAAAACAAUAUUCACUCUAGCUACGGUUCUGGUAUCAUCAUUCAGUUAGGUGGCAAUCCAUUCAUUGAGGGGAACAGUGUCUCCAAGUGUUUUCUCAGCGGUAUUUUGGUGUCAGCAGGGAGCAGUGGGACAGUUUCUGAAAACGAAUUUUUUGAAAAUGAUGUAGGCGUGCAGCUGGGUUCCACCUUGGGCACUGCAACGCUUGAAAUUGAGGCGAACCUCCUGAGUAGCGCGCCUGCGUCACCGACAUCGAAAAGCAAUGUAAAAAUUGGAAAAUUGAAACCACGACGUUCAUUUGGUCUCAAGAAAGAAGGUGAAAAUAUAAAAGAACCGUCUCAGUUAACCCCAACGACUAUAAGGCAGAACAGAAUCUUCUCGAACACAACAUGUGGAGUACUACUGGAGAAUGCGGCCUACGGGAUAUUAGAAGAAAAUGAUAUUGAAUUGAAUGAGAAUUAUGGUGUCAUGGCGGAUGUCGGCUACAGUGCGAAGCGAGUGAAGGACAAAUUGGGCAAGGUCCUUGGAUACGGCGGCUGGAAGUUGCCGAAUGUGUCACUGGCUGGUGGAUCUGCCAUUAUUCGCAAAAACCGCAUCUUCAAUCACAAAAAAUGCAAUAUCUCUAUUCUCAAUCAUGCGGAGAAUAGUAUUAUCAUCAAUGCAAAUGAUGUGUUUGAGGCUCCAACAGGAAUUUAUGUGGGAAAUGACGCCUCAAUCCAUUCCAUAGAGGGUAAUAAGAUCUACAGGACAUUUGAUGGCGUCUACGCAGAUAGUGGUGGCCGUGGGUGCUUUGAGAACAACAAGAUUUACGACUGCGAUGGCGUUGGGGUGUAUGUAUGCAAUCGUGGGAAUCCUCAAUUUAAGAAGGGGAACGUCAUUGAAAAUUGUUCUGUUAGCGGUGUUUUUGUGGAUGCCGGAGGAAGGGGACUAUUUUCUCAGACAACUAUACGUCACUGUGUUGUGGGUGUUGUGGUAUACACAUGUCUACCCGUUUCGUCGCUUGUUCAGGAGGAGGAAUUUAUGCAAAGUAGGUUUGUAACUUCGGCGCCCGUGUUUCAACAGUGUGAUAUUGAGGAGAAUGCGCUGUAUGGUGUCUUGGUUCUCACCGUUCCGACAAGUUUUCCACUACGUCAUAUCUCACACAGUGGCGUCGGACACGCCUCGAAGACCGAGGGACUUGUGAAGACACCAGGAUUAUCCGUCUUUCCACAGUUUCAUCAAAAUAGGAUUCGGAACAAUUGUCACUUUGGCGUUUGUCAUGAAAUGUAUGAUUCUUCGGAUUUGCAGGAUGAGACGGAAAAUUUAUCUCCCCAUGAAGGAAAUUCACCCGAGGCCAAACGUUCAUCAACGCACUCUAAUCUUCAAAAUCAUAUUCAGCGGCGGCUGAGUACUUCAAUGCAAUGUCGUUUUGCAGCCCGUGGUUCCAUGCAGGAGGCUUUAGGGACAUCUAAAGUUUUUUCGACAGAUGAACACCACAAGGAACGGAUGCAGCAUCAAGUAAGCUUUGUUGAAAACACCAUUAGCAAUUGUUCUAUUGGUGUUGUGGUUGGUGGUAACUGUCAUCCCUUUUUCCUUCGUAAUCGAAUAAUUAACAAUGCUUUCUUUGGAAUGUUCUUACGGUCCCAGGCCAAGGCAAUGUGUUUUGGCUGUGAAGUCAUGGACAACGGCGUGGCAGGUCUUUACGUUUCACAAGGCUCUCUUGGUGCAUUCACUGGGGGAACGAUUCGUCGCAAUAAUGGAUUUUGUCGCCCAGAUGGAAAUCCACAUGAUCCGCGCUCUUUUGGCACCCUUUCGUUUAUGCAGUCAACUCUCGCAGUUUUGAGCGCUCCCAAUAAAAGUAGUAGACCCCCACACGGUGCGUUUAGUUCCAUUCUACGUGGGUUGGAGAGUUAUGCAAAUAUAGCGGCUGAAGGUCUGCUUAUAUUGUGUGAACUUGUGGCUGCCUCCUCGGUGGGUCUCUCUCUCGCUUCUGGCAUGUGUCCCAGUGUCUCGGGUGAGUCCGGUAUUUCAUAUGGUUCUGGGCUGCAAAUGGACAAGUACGAUCGAGGAUGGGCUGCCGAUGGAGGUAUGGGUGUGUGGCUUGUGCAGGGGAGCAUGAUGGAAAUCAGCGAUAGCUUGAUUGACACCAAUCGCAACGUUGGAGUUUUUUAUUCGCGCAAUUUACAACAACAUUACAUGAAUCUGUCGCAGUUCCCUGUGAAGCCCGCUGGUGGGUUUCCGAGAUUUCCAGGUGGCGAGGUGAUCUCUGGCGAAACGAGGAGCCCGCGGAAAGGGGCAAUGCGGUGGGUUUUCUUUACCGCCAACGCUAUCCAUGAUGAAGGCUACCUCAUGCAAAUGAGUGCAUCCGUUUUUGGCGAAGGAAGCUUCACAGAGAGUUGGCGUGUAUUUACGCCGCCGCAAACUCCCCGUAUGUCAAAGCAGACUGAAGCGCCCGUCUAUGAGGGAGAUCGUCCAUAUAUGUUGAAUCGUCCAGCGCUUGUUUCUGGCAAUCGUAUCGUCAAGAACGGUUAUGGAGUUGUCAUACAUUUGCAUCAUGUUAUGAAGGCAAAUUUCUCCGGCGAGACGGAUAAUGCGGCAGAGGAGGCAACGGAGAUACCCGAACCAAGCCAUGGGAGAAGAGCCAACGCUGCUAAGAAACAUGGCCGUCGGUCGAAUAAGAAGGCCGCAGACAAUGAUUUGCCAAGAAAUAGAGAAGCAAGAACUUUGCGUGUUUCAAGGCUGAAAAAACAAGAUGAGGAAGAAAACAAUUCUUCUCAUGAACCAACGAGAGAGAAGCCCGUUCACCCAAUGAUGUCAAUGAAUGCAUUCUCUAGAGAAGAAGAUUUUUCAAUUAAUAUAGAAGAAAAUCAUGUUUAUGAAAACUGUGGUGUUGGAAUACUUUGUUUACACAUCGUUGAAGCUGUGUGUGGCACUCAUGUGAAGUCACGUCUGGAAUUAGAUGGGGCAGCUGCAGAGUACAAUGAUGUAUGCGUUAAAGUGACGCUCAAAAGAAUGUUAAAACAACCAAAAUUGAAAUUUUUACUCGUACCUUAUGAGCGUAUGACACGCUAUGCAAAAUUUUCUAGUAAUGAGGUGUAUAAGAACGUUGCGGAACAACUUGAGGUGACUUCUCGGUAUGUCGCUAUCUCUCAAAAUUGUGUCCGAACCCUACUGCAGAUUGAUACGUUGCGUCAACCAAGUGCGUCUAUGUCCUCUUCGCAAGCGCUACUGAGGAUUCCACUUUUUGCCUCUUUGCUGUCCGCCGCACCGCCUGGUAGGUUUGUGAUUGAAAGCAAUCGCUUUCGGGAUAGUACAAAGGGAGUACAUGUUUUUGGUUUUGUGGGUGGAAACUCUCUUCUUUUACGCAACAAUGCCUUUGUCAACAUGAGGGGAACAACUAUUCUUAUUCAAGGACACCUCGCCUCCGCAACUAUUGGAGGUGGAAAUGUGUUUGAAGCGAACGACGUUGCUAUUCGUAUUGUGUUGCCUGAAGAUUCUCUCACAAAGGAAGAUGUUGCAUGGAUGCAAGCCAUGGGUGUUAACACACGUAUCCAUUCCAAUCAUUUCUGCGCCCCAAAAAAGUUGUCUGUGAUUCUCGAAGGUGGUGGUGCACCAUCUCCGGUCUUUGAAAGCAAUAAAUUCACUGUCCAUAUGAGUGGUUCGGUGGCGUUCUUUAUUUCAGGUCCCAAUGCUCGCACACAGCUGAAAAGGAAUGUGUUUUUAGAGAAUUAUAUUCCUGUCAUUAUCACAAAUGAGGCAGGCACGAGCGAGGAAGGCACAAGUGUUAUUCUGGAAGGAAAUCGAUUUGCCAGGAAUUUUAUUGGGCUUUUAGUCGCAGGUGGCGCGGCUCCAAAACUUUUACGCAACGUGUUUGAAGAGAACUAUCGGACGGGUUUAGAAAUUAUAGAUGAAAACACGAGGCCAACGGUUCAACAUUGCUUCUUUGUGUCAAAUAAAUUUUCCGAGGUUCAACCAUUCAAUGAGGAGGUAUUGCUGUUUCCUGAGCAUGGCAAAAUUCGCGUGGAUGCAAGUUUAGAAGGCACAAGUUUUGAUUUUGUGGCGACCAUUGUACCAGAUAACACUGCAGCGUCGGAUGCGAGGAUGAGGCUGCCGUCUGGACUUCUCAUCAGUGGAAGAGGGGAAAGAAGUGUCAUACACGAAUGUCUAUUUCAAGAUAAUGAUAUAGGUGUUGAUGUUGUGCGUAGUGCUGCCCUUCCUGGGGCGAUGAAGACGUCGUCUUGUGGCAUUCAGUUGACCUCUUGUCUUUUCAGUCUGAAUAAAGUGGCGGGGGUGUGGAUACGUGGUGAAGAGGACCCAAAUGGAAAACGCGCUCUUCCCUCCUUUAACAUGAGUGGAAGUGAAAUUGAACACGACGCGACUGUCUUUGACAGCUGUUUCUUUGUAAAUAACACAACCGAUGCUGAGGGGAAGGGUGACGUUGUCGCCCUGGACGGUGGGUUUGCGAUAGUACGGGGAAGUUUAUUUACAGGCUCGGUCCAUGGCAAAAAGGACGGCAUGGCACUUUUUGAGCGAAAUUUAUUCUAUGCGGAGGCUGCGGAUGCGGCUGUGUAUCUACACAAGUCUGCACGCAUACGACUUGUAGGAAACACAAUUCGCGGUCACAAGAAUGGCAUCGUGACGUAUCCCGCUGCAUGGGGUCAUGUGGAGAACAACUGGAUCUUGGAUACCACUCGAAGCGUUUCUGCCGCCCCAUUUUGCCACACGUUUUUUGUCCGUAAUCGCAUAGUAAAGGCGAAAGACUGUGGUAUUUUGGCAUACGGUGGGGUCUUCACGGAAAAUGAAGUCUGCUGUGCCCCGACAGGUGUCAUUGUGCAGAAUCCGGUGGAGUAUAAAAAUUAUAGUGAAAUACCAAAAACGGAAAAGACGGCGUUUGAUGCAUUGAUUUCGGAAAAUCGUGUACACUCGUGUGAAGUUGAGGGCAUUUUGGUCGCUGGUGGUGCUCGUAUUGAGGGGAAUAGUGUAUCCAACUGCAAGACGAACAUGAAUAUUAUUUGUCCCCAAAACGCAGGCGGUGGAUCCGGAAUUGCUGUUGUAUCAAAAAAUGCCCUGUACGAUGGGGAGGUUGGUCUUCUGGUUGCGAAGGGGUCGGAGUCCGUCAUUCGGGUGAAUGACAUCUUUGAUAACAGUACAUUGGGAGUGUGGGUGAAGGCAGGGGCUCAGGGAACGCUUCAGGGAAAUGCCAUUUCCAGCUCUUUGAGGGAUAGUGCCUUUGAUGCGGAGCCGGGGGCAGAGAUAAAGAUGCUGCAAAACAACAUACGAAACCAAUUCUCCCCGUCUUAUCAUAAAACGCUUCCUACACAUCGUGAGAAGGAACGGCAAAAAGCAGCUGAAACCAUGACUGAGGAAAUACGUGAGUUGGAUCGUACCUUUCAGAAGAUGUUCUCACUGUGCAAUAGCGUAGAAGUUGUCUUGCAAGCGACAUUAGAGACGUUGAGGAGAGAAUCCCCUAACAUAGACGGUGUGAGGCCUUUGAGUACCACGACGAAUUUCGUUCGAGCUUCGAGGUUUUUGCGCGGUUACACUCAGACACAGAACAUUGUUGAGGUUCUGAGUCUAGCCAAUACAAAGGAAGCCAGGUAUUCUGCCAAAGAGCGGAAGUUGUCCUUGUCUGCGGCAAAGGCAUCAAGGUCUGUGGAUCGACGAAUAAGCCAAUCCACUUCACUGGUGCCAAAUGAACAGUAUCGGCAUGUUCUUAUCCACGUAUGCGAUACGGACAAGGAGACCGUGGAAAGCACACAAAUUGGCAAGGAGGUGGAGGCCGUUUUCACUUCGGAGUCUCUGUCUUCACGUGUCAUGUUUCGCGCCGCACUCACAACUAAUCCCAGUAGUUUUCAUGCAUCCAUUACAGCUCAAAUGCCCGAUGUAAUAAUUGUUGUUGUGGGUGCGAGCAAGAAGGCAUUUGAUACGGAGGAGUUGGCCGUAUUUUCAGCCAUUGACCGCUUACGCCGUGCGCCCGCUGGAAGACGGCAAAGGAAAAAAAACAGCGUCUUAUUAGUCUCUACAAUUCUUUCAAUGGAGUGGAAAGAGAAUAUUGAGGGAAAUACAUCUUCAAGUAAAAGUGUAGAAAAAUUGUCAGGACUGGAAUUUUUUGCCGCCGCGAACAACCCCAUUUAUUUUAAAUUUUCUGUUGCUGAGGCAUUCACAGAACUGAUACAGCGCCUGAAAUCACAUGUCUUCUCCCCAUCGACUUCCACGCAUGAUGUGGACGCCAGUGCAUCAAGGAAUGAAGGCACGGUUGUCAAGCCCGCAAGAGGGGAGCAGUUCCUGUCAUCCUCACUCAGCCAAUUCGGGUCGAUCUCUUUUUCGUCACCGAAACUUCCUUCUACGCGAACCCCCCUUCGUGCCUCAUUGAACGUCCGUGCGGAGAAAUGA